AUGCCACCUUACUGGCGCCGACCCAGGCGAGCGCCGUCUGGCCUGCGACUCCUCGCCUCGGCUGCGCUCAUCGUGCUCUUUCUCUGGGCGACCCUCCCCUACGACAACGCCCUCCGGUCAUCUGCCCGGUUCAACACCCACAGGCUCAUCACCCUCCUCAGAGGGCCCCUGAGAAACGAGCGCUGGCUGUACGAGCCGGCCCCGUUCCCGCUGGACUGGUCGUGCGACGUCGCUAUCAUCCUGAAGACGGGGUACGGAACGCACGAGAGGGCCCUGGCGUGGAUCGAGGCGCUGCCCAGCGGCAUCACCCCGGAGAACGUCGUCAUCGUUGCCGACUUUGAUGCCCAGCUGGCCACGAGGACCGGGUCGCGGUCCGGGUUGAAGGUCCACAAUGUUAUCCAGAGGGUAGUGGAUGAGGGGGCCAUGGUGUGCGGCGGUGCCCGCUGUCCCCGUGCUGACAAGUACUUGAACCUCAAGGCGGCUGUGUCGGCCGGCGAGGACGAGCUGGCGAGGAGUUACUCGAGCUCCUUUGGCUGGGAGUUGGACGCGAUCAAGUUCCUACCCGGCCUUGAGCUGGCAUAUCGCGCGAUGCCGAAUAGCAAAUGGUUCAUCCUCGUCGACGAUGAUACCUACCUCAUCUACCCUUCGCUCAACUCCAUCCUUGGCCACUUUGAUCCCUCUGUGCCUCAUUACCUGGGCAACGCAGUAGGCGACUACCGCCAGCGCUUCGCACACGGCGGCUCCUCCAUCGCCCUCUCCCGCGCGACAAUGCAAGCCCUCUUCGCCGCCGCCAACCACCGCGCCGUGUCAAAGGCCCGCCAGGCCUCCCUCACCGAGACGUGGGGCGACCGGCUGCUGGCGGGCGCGCUCCUGCGCCUCGGCGUGCCCGUGGACGAGGACGCCAGCCGCUUCUUCAACGGCGAGCAGCCGUGGGCCUCGCGCCUGCGCCCGGACCGCCUCUGCGCCCCCGUGGCGACGUUCCACCACCUCUCGACGGCGGGCGAGAUGGCUGGUGUGGGGCGAGUGUUCAGGGACACCGCCGAGCCGGUCCUCUGGGUUGACCUGUGGGACAUGUUUUCCGGCGGGGACCGCCUGCGGGGGGACCGGGCUGCAUAUACUGAUCGUCCGUCUGCGAGCCUCUCUUCCUCGGCCGGGCGGGACGAUGAGGUUGUGCCUGGGCGGCCGGGCUGGGAUCAUGUGGGGCCGUUGGACGAGCACACGGGGACAUCCACGAGGGUGCAGGAUGCGCUUGGCUGUUCGCGUCUUUGCAGUUCUGCUACGGAGUGCCUGGCCUGGACUUGGGACGAGAGGCUGGGGCUUUGUCACACGAGUCCUUGGGUGACUGUGGGUCGGGAGGCGGUAGGGCUGAGGUCUGGGUUCAAUGUGGACCGGUUUGAGGGACUGGCGGGCGAGUGUCGUUAG